UGUGAGUCAUUGUCGGGCAAGGAAGGGAGGGGAGGCGACGAGCCUCAGGAGCACUCACGUUCCGGGCGGGUUGGAGAAAGAAGACUUGGGCGAGCGAGCGAGCGAGCAUCCGGAGCGCCGGCUGGGAUUUUGUUCUUGCCUGUCUCAGCCCAUCCAUCGAGACCCCCUUCUCUCCACCCCGCACCGCCCAGGCCCAACUAUGUUGCCCCGGGCCCUGCUGUUCCUCUUCAGCGUGCCCUGCGCUUGGGGCUUCAACCUGGACGCCGAGGCGCCGGCGCUUUUCCGCGGCCCUCCCGGCAGCUUGUUUGGCUUCUCGGUGGACUUUUACCUCCCGGACGCGCAGAGUGCCAGUGUCCUCGUGGGAGCACCCAAGGCCAACACAAGCCAGGUUGAAGUUACGGAGGGGGGUGCUGUCUACUACUGUCCCUGGCCCCUUGGCGAGAGCAGCUGUAUACCCAUUGAAUUUGACAGCAGCAAAGCAGGAACCCACAAGGAUGACUUGAAUGAGAUGAUGGAGCAAAUGGAGUUCAAAUCGCUGCAGUGGUUUGGAGCCACAGUCCGGUCACAUGGCAGCUCCAUCCUGGCCUGUGCCCCCCUGUACAGUUGGCGAACCACCAGUGACGAGCGUGAGGUUGUGGGCACCUGCUUCUUGUCCAUCAACAACUUCACCAAGUUUGUGGAAUACGCACCUUGCCGCUCAGAAAAGGGCGGAGCCAGAUUUCAAGGAUAUUGCCAAAGUGGCUUUAGUGCUGAAUUCACAAAGGCUGGACGUGUUCUCCUUGGUGGCCCCGGAAGCUAUUACUGGCAAGGCCAGGUGAUAUCAGCAGCACAGGAUGCCAUUGUGGAGGUAUAUGACCCUGAUUAUUUAGUCCUGGAGGUCCGAGGGCAACUCAAGACGGGUCAGGCUAACUUCAAGGCUGACGACAGCUACCUUGGCUACUCUGUGGCAGUUGGUGAAUUUAGCGGAGACAACACUGAAGACUUUGUGGCUGGCGUUCCUAAAGGAAACCUGACUUAUGGAUAUGUCACAAUUCUAAAUGGAAGUGACAUUCGGCCCCUGUACAACUUUUCUGGAGAGCAGAUGGCUGCCUAUUUUGGCUAUGCUGUGGCUGCCACUGAUCUCAAUGGUGACAGCCUAGAUGACCUCCUGAUUGGUGCCCCCUUGUAUAUGGAAAAAACAGAAGACGGUCGCGUGCAGGAGGUGGGCAGAGUCUACAUCUUCCUGCAACAGCUGUAUGGCAUGGAGCCAGUGGCGUCGGCCGCACUUACUGGUCACCAAGAAUUUGGUCGCUUUGGCAGUGCUAUCGCUCCCCUGGGGGACCUUGACCAGGACGGCUACAAUGAUGUGGCCAUUGGGGCCCCGUUUGGUGGCAAGGAGCAGCAAGGCAUGGUCUAUGUGUACAAUGGCCAGCCUGGCGGACUGAACCCCAAGCCUUCUCAGGUGUUACAGGGCCACUGGCCAGCUGGCCAGACUCCAGACUUCUUUGGCUUCUCCAUGCGUGGGGCUAAGGACCUGGAUGGAAAUGGCUACCCAGAUCUGAUUGUGGGAGCCUUUGGAAUGGACACAGCCCUGGUUUACAGGGGCCGCCCCAUUGUUCAUGCAAGCGCCACUCUCAGCAUCUUCCCCACCAUGUUUAACCCUGAGGAGCGAGCUUGCACCUUAGAGGGCACCGGAACCCCCGUUGCUUGCAUCAACCUGAGCUUUUGUCUGAAUGCAUCUGGGAAACAUGUGCCUGACUCCAUUGGGUUCAAUGUGGAGCUGCACCUCGACCACCUCAAACAGAAAGGGGCAGUCAAGAGAGCACUCUUCCUGCGUUCCCGCCAGCCCCACCUAGUCGAGACCCUCCAAAUCCGCAACGGUGCCAACUCUGAGUGCCGCGAGAUGAAGAUUUACCUCAGGAACGAGACUGAAUUCCGCGACAAGCUCUCCCCCAUCCACCUGUCCCUCAACUUCUCGCUGGAUCCAGAGGCCCCGCAGGACGCACAUGGUCUGCAGCCCAUCCUCAACUACCUCACGCACAACCACAUUGAACAGAAGGUCCAGAUCCAGCUGGAUUGUGGUGAAGACAAUGUCUGCGUCCCUGACCUUCAGCUUGACGUUUUUGGGGACCACACCGUUGUCUACCUGGGAGACAAGAAUGCGCUGAACCUCACUUUCCACGCCCAGAACCGCGGUGAGGGUGGUGCUUAUGAGGCUGAGCUCCAUGUUACCAUCCCACCAGAAGCAGACUACAUGGGGGUUCUGCGGAAUCAUGGGAACCUUUCCAGCCUGAGCUGCUACUAUGAGACGGUGAAUGACACCAACAUGGUUUUCUGUGACCUCGGCAAUCCAAUGAAGGCAGGCACCAGUCUCUGGGGUGGCCUACGCUUCACUGUACCUCGCCUCCUUGAUGCGAAGAAAUCCAUCCAAUUUGACUUUCAGAUUCACAGCAAGAACGCCAACAACUCCCGCAGUGAGGUGGCUUCAUUCCCCUUGCGUGUCGAGGCUGCCGUUCGUCUCACAGCCCACGGAGCAUCCAUGCCAGAAACAGUGUCCCUUCCAGGGACUGGCUUGCCCCCAGGUCGAUUGCUGCAGCGAGAACAAGACGUGGGGCCCGGUGUGUGCCAUGUCUAUGAGUUUGUGAAUGAGGGGCCAAGCGCCAUCAGCGAGGGGAUCUUGGACAUCAGCUGUCCGCUCCGGACUCAAGGGCGAGCUGUGAUGUACAUGACGCGCUACAUGGCGCAAGCCAACUGCACCUCCAGCCACCUCCUCAACCCAUCACGCCUGCAGCUGGAGCAGAGCCCAGCAGCUUUACCUUGGCCAGAGCAGCACUAUGUGCAGAAGCAAGAUGGAGUUUUGAAUACUCUGAAAUGCAACGACGAGGAGUGCUUCCAGCUCCGCUGCCACAUGGGGGCGCUGCAGAGUAAGGAAAGUGUCAGCUUGCGCCUCUACUUCCGCAUCUGGUCCAAGAGCUUCCAGCUGAAAGAGAAUAAUCCCCACGCCAUACAGUGUGAAGCUGUCUACCACGUACAGAAAGUGCCCUACAAAAUCCAGCCUCUAGAGAAACCCACCGCUUACCUCAAGGUGCCAACAUCACUGCACUGGCCCAAGGCAGAGACCAGCCAGGGGGUUCCUCUCUGGAUCAUCAUCUUAGCCAUUCUGAUUGGAUUGCUGCUCCUGGCACUGCUCAUCUAUGUACUAUACAAGCUGGGCUUUUUCAAGCGCUCACUUCCUUAUGGCACGGCUAUGGAGAAAGCUCAGCUGAAGCCACAAGCAGCUUCAGAAGCCUAGCAGGCCCAGCCUUGCCCUCCAUGUAGGUGUGUUGCCGCUGCUGCCCUGCAAAGAGGCACCGGGAUCGUCCGCUGUGAGCACUGAGAAGGGGAGCACAGCCAACACCGGCAGGGCAGGGCCACAGGCACCCGGGCCCCACGGACUGCUGCAGAGGCCAGGCACCUCUGCUCCUCACAGAGAAUGAGGCUGCAGGCUCUUGAGGCCCAACGCCCUCCCUCUCCCCUGAUUUCCCUGGGGCUUGGAUCCUACAAAACCCAUCGUGCCCUGACUGGGGGUUGCAGCAAAGGCAUUUGCUCCCAGCAAAAAAGGGAAUACUUGAAGCCGCUGGAGCGGCCGGUGCUGGUCUGAUCUCAGGCCCCCUAGUGUCAAGCUGUCUGUUCCGUCCAUAUGUGGGGAAGGGCGCAGUGCCCUGGACAGUUUCCAAGCUGCCAGUCUCCUCUGAUAAUAACCACAGCUUGGCUGAAAGAGAAAAAGAAGCACAAUCACCUCCCGAGUCCAGCUCUUUCUCCGCCACAGGCCGGAACGAAGGAUCCUGGGCUCUCCCUUCCGGUCUUCCCCCCAGCCUGCUUCCUGUGGGGGAUGAUGUGGGACAGAGACUUAAGCUGGGAAAGCCAGGUGCUCCCGCAAUGCCAAAGAUUUGCCACGUUUGGAAGCCAAGCCAUCACCCGGUGUCGGCCCGGACUCGCCGGCGGUCUUCGCACUGAUCUCCAGAAACCGCUAGAGAUUUUAUUUUUCAGAUGCCACUUUAAUUAAGAGGAUGAAGAAAUGAGAAUGAAGAAAUGAGGAAGCUGUCGCUGCCUCGUGGCAGAGACAGGGGUUGCAGAGUUUAAUUUAAAAUGUUCAUGUGCAAUAAAUGCUUCCAUAUUUUCCACAAUGCCUCUUCUCCCCCGCCCCCAAUUCAGGAUGACUAACGGCAAGGGGUUGAGAACGGAUGAAAAUUCCACCGUUCGUUCCUGUAGGUGAGGGUAGGAAUUCUGAUGACGAAAAAAAAGCCUGAAGAGUGAGAUGCAGAAAGGGGUUCAGUGAGAAACACCCCUGGUAAGGGCAAUAAUAAUUUAUUACUUAUACCCGCCCAUCUGGCCAGGCCUCCCCAGCCACUCUGGGUGGCUCCCAACAGAAUAUUAAAAACACGAUAAAACAUCAAACAAUAAUGCCUUCAGGUAUUUUCUAAGUCAGAUAGUUGUCGAUUUCCUUGACAUCUGAUAGGAGGGCGUUCCACAGGGCAGGCGCCACUACAGAGAAGGCGGGUGGCUGUGGGGGUGUUGCUGCCAUUCAUAAGGUACAUUUGUUGCAUUGACACAUUACUUUCCUGCCCCUUGGAACAGUUCCUUGUGACCGCUGAAAUUCAGUCUGUUGGGGGAGUGUUUUUAGAUUUUCCUGUCAUUUCAAGAGCCAUAUCCCGGCUUAGUGGUCAGGUUCCAGGUUUGUUUGCAAGUUGUUUGAAAAAAUAGCAUUCUUCAUUCUGGGAGUGUGUAUAAAGGCUCCCCUCUUCCUUGACUGCUGUGGCAGGAGUCCAAGAACCAAGGAGAACCACCACACCGCGUGUGCGCACCCCCCCCCCCCCAGAAUCUCAAAGUAUGUGGCAGCUGUGGCCGUGUGGGUGAAAAGGGUUCACUCCUGACAAAAGCAGGAUGGGGAAGACUUGGGCCCACUAACAUCUUUGAAGAACACAUACAGGAUAAGUAGGUUCUUUAGAUUUCAAAUGGAGAAUUAUGUUGUACAGUGGUACCUCGCUUUAUGAACACAAUUGGUUCUGGAAGUCUGUUCAUAAACUGAAGCGUUCAUAAACUGAAGCGAACUUUCCCAUUGAAAGUAAUGGAAAGUGGAUUAAUCCAUUCCAGAUGGGUCCGCGGCGUUCAUAAACCGAAAAUUCGUAAACCGAGGUUCCACUGUACCUAACUUUUGGUGUGAUGUCUCUAGGGCUGGGCAAUAUAUUGAUAUAUCAUCCAAAACCAGUGUGAAAUCCAUAUUGUAUCAUGUUUGUGUUUAUGCUAUGCAAAAAACACAAUGUGGGAAAAAUUGUGAAGCCAAUUGUGAAACCUUUACAUAGCUCCAUUCUCAAUUCAGACAUUGUGAUAUAUCAGUACAUCACAUCAUUUAGCUGGUAAUAUAUCAUGAUGAAUGGGACCCAGGUGGCACUGUGGUUAAACCACUGAGCCUAGGGCUUGCUGAUCAGAAGGUCGGCGGUUCGAAUCCGUGUGACGGGGCGAGCUCCCGUUGCUUGGUCCCAGCUCCUGCCAACCUAGCAGUUCGAAAGCACGUCAAAAUGCAAGUAGAUAAAUAGGAACCGCUACAGCGGGUGUGCUGCUCUGGUUUGCCAGAAGCGGCUUUGUCAUGCUGGCCACAUGACCUGGAAGCUAUACGCCGGCUCCCUCGGCCAAUAAUGUGAGAUGAGCGCGCAACCCCAGAGUUGGUCACAACUGGCCCUAAUGGUCAGGGGUCCCUUUACCUAUAUCAUGAAAACCAGCCAUCACCCAGCCUAGAUGUCUCAGACAUACUGUGAACAUUUUUCUUAACUCCAUUAGAAACAGGAUUAUGUAGUAUGAAUUUGGAUGAGAGACUUAGGUCCUCAACCUGUAUGCCAUAUGUCAUGUCAGUAUCACCUUUGAGUGUUAACUGGUGUCUUGUAAGCUAAUAGAUGAACAAGGCACCAAGGGCCUUGUUUCCCUCAGACACCUCACACCCCUGGUCACCCCCCCCUUUGGUUCUGUGUUUGCAUUGGUCAGUUUUCUCCUUAACCCAAGUGAAACCAGAACACGGCACAACUCCCUAUUAUUAUUACUCCUCCUCCCUCCUACACAAAACAAGUGAUUCUUGGGUGCAGAAAAUAAAUGGCACCUGUUAAAAUUAAUGCUUUUAUUGAACAAGGUCUGAGGUGAGAGGUUUACUGUGCAGAGAUACCAUUUGAGGGGAGACAACACACAAAAGAAAUGCAGUUCAUCCUCCUGACCCCUUUACUCCACAAGCCCCAUAGGAAUGAAAAAGACACUGCCUUGCAGAGGCAUCAAGAACAAGCCCCAGCUGAAAUCCUAUUGGUGCUUACAUGGGAGUGAGCCCCCCUCCCCCCCAGUAAACAUGCAUAUAUAGGCCUAUGCCUUAGCUCUACAAACUUGGGAGUCACUUGGGGAUAACUUUUGCAUUAAAUGUGGACUUGGUUAAAUGCUUAACCAAGUGCCCCCAUCUGGUUUUUUUAACCACCAUUCUGGCCCUUCAAAGGGGGUGGGUGGAAGUUACAAAGCCAUCUCCCACAUCAAAACCAUGCUAGAGGCAACUAAAAUGUAAUGUAAGGUGCGUUGUAAGAAUGAAAUGCACACAUUUCUGCCCUCAUCCAGUUAGAUUGAGUGAUAAUUCCGUCCUCCUCUUUACUCUUAGUGUUUGGGGGAGUGAACGCACAUAUACUUUUAAGGCCACAGUUUGUACCAAUGCUUAUUUUUAUUUGUGUGUGUGUUUAUUGCUUAAAAUGUUUUU